AUGGGGACAGGACUAAGCCUCCCAAAGGAAACUGUAGUAGUGGGAAAAACAAACAGAAAUGCGCCAAAUUUGUAUAGAUUCCACGAUGUGCCAGACCAUCUUUACCCCUAUGAAACCAAGAAGAGUAAAACAAAAUUCCCCGACAUAGAACUAGCAUUAGCAUUGGAGACGUUCAACUCUAUUGUCACAUGCAAGCUAAACACCAAAGAACCUCCGCAGCGACUAACCAAAAACGAAAUUGAGAUCUUUAAAAAAAUUUUAAAUCCUGUGAAAACCCUGCAAAAUGCAUUAAUUACCAGCAGUGACACAAAGGAAUUAAAAAUGGAGAUAAGUGCAGAAGACAAGCAGAUAUAUCUGUGCAGAAGCUACUUGGUAGAGCUAAACGAGAUAGUGUGCAAGCACAAAUCAAUAACCAUAUUGCAAAUAUGCUGUAACUAUCUCAGAUACUUGCCAUAUGGAAUAGGCCAGCUAAGAGGUCUAAAGAUGCUAGUUGUAUCAAGAAACAGAAUAACUGAGAUUCCAGAGGAGAUCGGAUUAUGCAAGGAGCUAAGGGAGAUUGACCUGUCCCAUAAUCUAAUAAGGAUGCUUCCCAAAUCUCUCGUUUGUCUCAAAAGACUAAAUACACUACAGCUUGCAAAUAACCUUUUGAUCGAGGUUCCUACAUUUUUGGGCAAAAUGCAAUCCUUAAAGUACCUGAAUCUCUCAAAUAACAAAAUCAAAAGCGUUCCACUAGAAAUUUUCAAACUACCGUUUCUUCUCAGCUUGAAUUGCUCGGGCUGCUCCUUAAACCUGAAAAACAGAAAAGUUUUUGAAAUUAAGGGUAAAAUAACAUUGGCCGAAACAGUGGCCAGAAAUAUAAUUCGGAAGAAUCUACCAUUAAGAAAAAGUGUGUCUGCACCACUGAUUGACUACCUUCUAAGUGUCCAGGAGUGUUCAUUCUGUGGCGGCCCAUUUUUUGACUACUACGUAAAUGUGGAAGAUCUUCAUAUUUUUGAAUCGGAAAUAUAUCCGAUUCAUUACAAAAUGUGCUCACUGCACUAUAAAAAACACGAAGACAGACUGUCAACAUUAUUUGAAAGGACCAUGCCCACCUUUCCAAUUAAGAUCUUUGAGGAGAAUUUGCCGUCAAUUUGUGAGCUAUUUGAACCUUACAUCUACGACGAAGAAGUCCUGCAUAAUGGCAUGGCAAACUCCGAAUCGUCAGACACAAUCCCACUCAUCUGUCUUGCAAACUACAACACCAAAAAACAUAGACGUGGCAUAAUAGAUUCAUUUUUCCAACUUGACCAAGAAAACUCUAACAUUUUUGAUUGCAUUUUUGAUCAGAGAUAG